GCGUGCGGACACUGCUGGCAGAGCGCUGCGCUGAUUCCGGCUGCCACGGCCGCGCUGAGGAGCGAUCGCUGCUGCGAUGCCGCUGGAAGUGGAGCUGUGCCCGGGGCGCUGGGUAGGCGGGCAGCAUCCAUGCUUCAUCAUUGCCGAAAUCGGCCAGAACCACCAGGGCGACCUGGAGGUGGCCAAACGCCUGAUCCGCACCGCCAAGGAGUGUGGUGCUGAUUGUGCCAAGUUCCAGAAGAGUGAACUGGAAUUCAAGUUUAAUCGGAAAGCCUUGGAGAGGCCGUAUACUUCGAAGCAUUCUUGGGGGAAGACCUAUGGGGAACAUAAGCAGCACCUGGAAUUCAGCCACGAGCAGUACCGGGAGCUGCAGCGCUACGCCCGGGAGAUCGACAUCUUCUUCACUGCGUCAGGCAUGGAUGAGAUGGCGGUUGAGUUUCUGCAUGAACUGAAUGUUCCAUUUUUUAAAGUUGGAUCUGGAGACACUAACAAUUUCCCUUAUCUGGAAAAGACAGCCAAAAAGGGUCGUCCAAUGGUGAUCUCCAGUGGGAUGCAAUCGAUGGAUACCAUGAAGCAAGUCUACCAGAUCGUGAAGCCCCUGAACCCCAACUUCUGUUUCCUACAGUGCACCAGCGCGUACCCGCUCCAGCCUGAGGACGUCAACCUGCGAGUCAUCGCGGAAUACCAGAAGCUCUUUCCUGACAUUCCCAUAGGGUACUCGGGGCACGAAACAGGCAUAGCGAUAUCUGUGGCUGCAGUGGCUUUGGGGGCCAAGGUGUUGGAACGUCACAUAACUUUGGACAAGACCUGGAAGGGGAGUGACCACUCGGCCUCACUGGAACCUGGAGAACUGGCUGAGCUGGUGCGGUCUGUGCGGCUUGUGGAGAGGGCCCUGGGCUCGCCGACCAAGCAGAUGCUGCCCUGUGAGAUGGCGUGCAAUGAGAAGCUGGGCAAGUCUGUGGUGGCCAAAGUGAGGAUUCCAGAAGGCACUGUCCUCACACUGGACAUGCUCACUGUGAAGGUCAGUGAGCCCAAAGGCUGUCCUCCUGAAGACAUCUUCAGUCUAGUGGGCAAGAAGAUCCUGGUCACUGUGGAAGAAGAUGACACCAUCCUAGAAGAAUCGGUAGAAAACCACGGCAAAAAAAUCAGGUCUUAAAAUAAAGUGCGGUCCUGUGAGUCUCA